UCCUCGUGAAUCCCAAUUCUUGUCUCAUUUCCUACUCUAAUCCUGUACCCCACGCCACCCAAUCUCUGUCCCUCCUCCUUCCCUCGUCCUUCUUCUUCUUCUUCUUCAACAACUUUGCUGCUCUGCUCUCAUCUUCUGCUUACUUGUAUAUUUUAGGCACAUGAGAAUUUUUGGCUAAUAAUAUGAAGCGGUUCAGGAGAAACGCGGAUGAGAAUGACCCUGUAAUCAACCUGGAUCCUGAAGGGGAAGGCUUGUUUUUGAGGGAUCAAGAAAGGAAAUGUGGGUUGAGUUCAAUGAGGUCGAUGGGCUUUGUUGUGGUGGCUUUAAUGGUUGUUUCGGUCAUUUUUUCAGUUUCUGUAGUCCUUCAAGACCCACCGAGCGAUGGGGUUUUGGAGUCUGGUAAAGAUGUUAGAUCCUUUGAUGUUUUGGAGUCAAGUAAGGAGGAAAGAGUUCUUGAAGUCAAACCCCAGAAAGUCGUAGGUCCAGAUGAUGAUUAUCCCCCAUCUGUUGAGGCGCGUAAAGAUAAACUGCUAAGUGGACUUCUUGCAGUUGGACAUGAUGAAAGAUCUUGUGUCAGCAGGUAUCAGUCAGUUUUAUACCGCAAAGAAUUGCUACAUAAACCUUCACCCCACCUAAUUUCAAGGUUACGGAGUUAUGAAGCUCUCCAUAAACGGUGUGGGCCGUAUACUGAAUCAUAUAACAAAACCUUGGAAAUGCUCAAGACCAAGCAUCGCCUUGAAUCUACAGAUUGUAAUUAUUUAGUGUGGAUUUCCUUUAGUGGAUUAGGGAAUAGGAUACUGACCCUAGCUUCAGCAUUUCUUUAUGCUCUCCUUACGAAUCGUGUUCUACUGGUUGACCCUGGAGUUGAUAUGGUUGAUCUUUUUUGCGAACCAUUUCCAGAGGUCUCCUGGUUUCUCCCUCCAGAUUUCCCCCUUAAAAGUCAGUUCAACAGCUUUGAUCAGAAAUCUCCUUACUGUUAUGGGAGAAUGCUUAAGAAUAGCACUUUUGCUAAUUCAAGCAGGUUGAUAUCUUCUUCUUUUAUAUAUCUCCAUCUGGUCCAUGAUUAUGAUGAUCAAGACAAGCUUUUUUUCUGUGAUGAAGACCAAACUACUCUCCAGAAAGUGCCUUGGUUGAUCUUGAAGACAGACAAUUAUUUUGUCCCAUCUCUCUUCUUGAUGCCUUCUUUUGACCAGGAACUGAGUAAUCUCUUCCCCAGAAAAGAAACAGUUUUCCACUUCUUGGGUCGAUAUCUCUUCCACCCCACAAAUCCUGUUUGGGGACUUAUUACUAGAUACUAUCAUGCUUAUUUAGCUAAAGCAGAUGAAAGGAUAGGCAUCCAGAUCAGGGUCUUUGAUACUGGCACUGGUCCGUUCCAACAUGUGUUGGAUCAGAUCAUUGCUUGUGCCUUGAAGGAGGAUCUUCUACCUAGGGUUAGCAGGGAAAAACCCAUAAUUAAUCAAUCUCAGAAGUCUAAAGCUGUGCUAAUUACAUCUUUGAGUGCUGGUUACUUCGAGAGAGUAAGGGACAUGUAUUGGGAACAUCCAACUGUGACAGGGGAGGUCAUCAGUGUUUACCAACCGAGCCAUGAAGAGUAUCAACAAACAGAGAAGCGUUUUCACAAUAGGAAGGCAUGGGCUGAAAUGUAUUUAUUGAGCUUGACUGAUGUGCUAGUCACUAGCUCAUGGUCAACCUUUGGGUAUGUUGCUCAAAGCCUUGGAGGGUUGAAGCCAUGGAUACUCUACAAGCCUGAGAACCAAACAGCCCCAGAUCCAGCUUGUCGUCGAGCCAUGUCAAUGGAGCCAUGUUUUCAUGCCCCUCCCUUUUAUGACUGCAAGGCCAAAAGAGGCAUUGACACAGGUGCACUGGUUCCUCAUGUAAGGCACUGUGAGGACAUGAGCUGGGGUCUUAAGCUUGUUGAUAAUGGGAGUGAGUUAUAGCUGCAUGUGUCUGUUGUAAGUCAUAAUCAUAGUUGUGCACGCAGUUUUUCGCUGUAGAAUAGCCUGACUGAUAUUAAAUCAAAUAUACCUUAAAUUUGCACUUC